GCAACACGAGCAGCAGCAGCAAAGGCAGCCGCAGCAACAUGCGACAGCAGCAAUUUCUGUUGCAAGUGCAACAUCUGCAACAGUCGCCGCGCGAGUUUCCGUUAAUAAUGUUGUCAAAGCGUUCCGAUGCGUUGAUAAGCGCUUUCGUUUUGACGCUCUAUUAUGUGGGCGUGACCGCUGGGAAUAACGCAUCUGACUUUGUGACAAUGGGCGAUCUGCGGAGCAGAAGUAGGCGUGGUCAGCUGAAUACUUCACGUCCCGGUGGCAUGAUAAUGGAGGGCAUUGGAUUCCAGUACACCAUGCGAUAUCAGCCGGGAUUCCACUUAAACAAGUUGGCCCAGCAGCAGGGGGCGGAUGGCGGAAUGGGAGAUCCACCUGUGACGGAGGCACCUAUGCCCAUGCCUACGCCUAUGCCACCACCCGAAACACCUGCACCACCACCACCUGAACCAACACCACCAAAGCCAAUGGAUUCAGAUCAAGAUAUACCCAUGCGUCCAACAACAAUGCCAAUAGAGGUAUCAAGAGAAUAUCCAAAGCCGACGGAUUCGAUGAUGAUGAUGCCCACACCAAGUAAAACGCCUGGUACCAAACCUAGUCCGAAACCCUCGAUGAGACCUCCAGUUCCAAUGCCACCAUCCAGCACAAAGACGUCUAUUAUGCGGCCUCAUCAUAGCAUUAAGAACAUACUCUUCGGAUCACCAAUCCAGGCGAAUCUCAUCCUCAAGAAACCCAAUGCACCACGUUCGAAGGGCAAGGGCUUUCUCAGCCUAUUCGAGGUGAUCAAGUUCCCCAAUACCAAGUGCAGUGUGUCCAUGGGCGACAUCCGGAGCAUGGAGGGCGUCUGUUACCAUGAGUUUGAGUGCAAAAGCCUCGGGGGGAUUCCUACCGAGAGCUGCGCCGAGGGCGUGGGCGUCUGUUGUGUGUUCGUCAAUGGAUGUGGUGAUGUCACCAGCCAGCAAAUCCUCUACUUCGAGAGUCCCAACUAUCCGAAUGCAGUGCGGGAAAUGAUGAUCUGCGUCCUAAUCAUCAAUGUAAAGAAGGGAGUGCAGCAGCUGAGACUGGAUUUCCAAAUGUUCGAGCUAAGUCGUCCCAGCAAUGGCGAUUGCCUCGAUGAUCAGUUUAUAGUCUCGGGACAUAAUACUAACUUUCAGAUACCCAUUCUGUGUGGCAUUAACACAGGACAGCAUAUUUAUAUCCAUGUUGGUGAUUCAAAUGAGGGCAAAGUCUAUCUUUCGGUUUUUAUGAAAGUCUCGGGAGGAGGACGUUCCUUUAAUAUAAAAGUCACUCAGGUGGAGGACAACUUGGCUCCCAAUAAUUGCUUGCAAUAUUUCUCUGAGGCUGAAGGUCUUAUAAAAUCAUUCAACUAUGAUACAGAUGGUUCGAUAGUGGACAACAGAGAGGCUACCUAUUUUAACAAUCUGAACUAUGCCAUAUGCCUGGAACGCUUGAAGAAUGUAUGCAGUGUGUCUUAUAAUACCGAACAGCUAGGCGGAGAUCAGCCUGACUUUCAAAUUGUCAAUAAAGAUGAAGCCGAAAACGAUUUAAUUUCCGACGGCCAGGCUGGCGCUGGCAUCUUCAACUGUCCGGAUGACUUUAUAGCCAUCAACUCAGUACCUCUUUGUGGAGAAAGAUUCAAUGAUGGCCGGGAAAGCGACGAUUUCACCAUGCACGCCACCGUGAGGGACACCGCCGCCGGUCCCAUCAUCCUGCCCUUCCGCACCGAUGCCGAAUAUGUGGGUCGCGGCUUUCGCCUGCUCUACAGACAGGAACUCUGUGCCUGAGAUCCCUUGGAAAUGUGCAUGUCGAUCACUAGUUCAAAAGAUGCAUAUGUUUCGCAGACUUUGGAUUUGGCUUCAUCAUACCGUUGUUUGGCUUAAAGACAGUCGGAGAAAAUAUCUCAUAAAAAUAGGAAGAAGUCUAUUUAUUUACCUUUCCCUCUAUAGUUUUCCGUUCCUAUGAGAAUAAAGUGUCCUGUAGUCUAAAAUUUGUAUUAGUUCCCCACCAGAUGAGCUUUAAUAAGUAAUAUAACCAUAAUUUAAAAUCAUUUCUCUCCGUGCACAUAUGGAAUUUAUCACGCUUUGGUCAACUGGAGGGCAUUUGUGUUGGCAACUUUGGAAAUUGAGAUUGUGCGGUGCCUUUAUGGGAACGACAGUUUCCGUUCCCAGUGCUGCCCCCGUGUUAAUGUGUUUUAUGUGAUUCAAAG